AUGUCAUCUUCUCACGAUAAUCGACGCGACGAGGAGGGCGAUGAAGAUGUCUAUCUUGAUGAGCAAGACGCCGAAGAAGUCAUCCAGCAAGAUGAUGACCAUCCCAUGGACUCCGACGAUGAAGACCAGCAAAUGCAUGAAGAGAUAUCACUACAAAACGACUCCGCCGCACAUUUCGACCACCACUCCGAUUCUAUAUUCUGCAUCGCGCAGCAUCCAGUUCACAAAAACAUCGUGAUCACUGGGUCUGGUGACGAUACAGCCUACAUUUUCGACUCGACUCCCAUCGAUGAGCGUCCUCUGCUCCCCCAAAGUUACGAAUCAAAUCCGCAGCCGAAGGGAGAGAGAAAAUCGUUAGAGCAUAUCAAGAAACUUGACGGUCACACGGACUCCGUUAAUGCUGUCGCCUUUACUCAGCCACGAGGUGAGUAUGCAGUGAGUGCAGGCCUCGAUGGCCGCUUGCGCGUUUGGCGGGACACAACACCACAGAAGACAGGGCUUGCGUGGGAGUUUGUUGGGGAAGCACAAGAAGUAGAGGAGAUUAAUUGGAUGGCCGUGUGCCCAUCUAAAGAUGGAGAUGAGGUGAAGAGCAACAUCAUUGCAAUUGGUGGCAAUGACGGUAGUUCCUGGGUGUUCAAAAUCGACCAUACGGACACAGCUCAACCAAUUGUGAUUUACGAGACGUACUUCCAACACACCCUUGCCACAUCAGCUGGAACUUGGACGCCAGAUGGAAACCUCCUGGCCACUGUAUCUGAGGAUGGCAGUUUCUAUGUUUACGAUGUGUUCGGUAUAGCUGCCAAUGCCGGAGUUCCUUACCCCGCAGGUCACAAAGCUGUCGUAGGGUACACGGCGGAAGACCAGCGAUUCGCUGUAGAGGGUGGCCUGUAUUCUAUUGCUAUAUCUCCAUCUGGUACGAUUGCUGCAGUUGGUGGCGCUGGGGGCCACAUCAAAGUCGUUGGCCUACCACGGUUGCAGCAAGAUUCAACCAAAGCCUCCAAGUCAAAGCAAUCUACUGGUGGCAGCUCGCAAGCCACGGGCGCUGGCGCCCUUCUGGCUUCCCUGCAAGCGCAAUCGGAAAGCAUCGAGAGUUUAUCGUUUUCUUCUCUGCCUCUUACAUUGCUCGCCUCUGGGUCCGUAGAUGGAUCCAUUUGUCUUUUUGAUGCAGCACAUCGAUUUGCAGUCCGCCGACAUAUCCGUGAAGCGCAUGAGGGAGCUGCUGUUGUCAAGGUCGAAUUCUUGCGCCAGACAUCUCAAGCGAUGCCUCCAAUGCGCCCAGGACCGACAAGCUCGGCUUCCGCUGCCCUUGCCGCGGCUCAAGGACGACCAUGGCUACUUACCUCUGUGGGUUUAGAUGGAGUAGUUCGGAGGUGGGAUGCUCGAGGCGGUACAGCCGCAGCUGCUCAAGGAUUUAUCAGGGAAUGGAGGGGACACCUCGGUCUCAUUGAAACGGAAGGGGAAGAGCAAUCUGGCGGUAUUCUUGGCUUUGUACAAGAUGCGCCAGGUGGCACUCGGAUUGUCACUGCUGGUGAUGAUGGCAUUGCCCUUGUGUUUGAAGAGUAA